AUGGACAAGUCGUCAAACUCUGCUGCUUCUUCCACCACCGCCGCCGCCGCCGAUACUGAGACCCCAGACCCUGGUGCCCGCCAGCCAUCCUCCUCCGCAUCCUCCAACAAUAACGAAGCACGUCACUCCAAUCCCAAUCCUGACCUCCAUCCCACGCCCGCACGUCGACCCCGCGACUCGCCCCCGAAUGCUCUACCGAGAACCGACUCCUACCUCGCAAGGCAGAUAGCUCAAGCUUCUGGCAUCAUCUCCGGCUCGAAUUCUGCAAGAUCGACACCGCUUGCGUCUCGAGAGUCCUCCCCGAGCAGGCCGUCCCUCAGAUCCGCCGCCGCAGCAGCGAGAAAUCCCCAAGGCACGAGAUCACGCAAGAACAGCGCCGACACCAGCCCGUCGCGGCCCUCGAGGUCUACUGCCCCCUCGCCUGGCCCCCACAAGAGUCUCUCCUCGACCGCCAUCCCGACACUCAAUCCCGCGUCCUCCGACGCGAGCGCACGAGUUGCCGUCCCUCAGAAGAACACCACCCUCUCCGCCGACCAGUCAAGAGACGCCGCCGCCCCUCGCUGGCCCGUCUCCCCCAGGUUGCGCUCCCCGCCCCCCAUCCUCAACAAGCCACAGCUGGCACCGCCGGCGCGAAAGGCAGACCAGGAACCACCAACCAUCAAUGUCCAGCGGGCCACGCCCUCACCCCAGCCCAUCAUGGACCUCUCACAGACCGACACGGAUAGCGACGAGGUGUUCCUGCAGUCCGGCGCAAGGACACCUGCCAGAAGCAACAGCACCCUGGAAACGGUCCAAGAAGCGAGCCCUCUCGGGUCGCCCCAAGCGCUUGAUGCUGCCUUCUCCAAACUCGAGAGCAGCUUCACCUCCGACGCCGGAUCGCAGCCCGACUCAUCCGAUGUCCCCUCAUCGACCAAGACCAUCAAGCCCAAGGUGAACCUCGAACGCAACGACAGCGGCAGCGAGAGCGUCUCCUCCAAGAUGGACCGCCGCUCGGGUGCCUCCGGUGCGCCUCCACCGCUGACGACGCGACAGUCGAGCGCGUCGAUAAAGCCCAGCAAGGGCAAGCCCGGCGAGGCCUCAUUACAGACCAUGACCGUCGAGACCGAGACCGUCACGUCCAUACCCCAGGUCGCUCUCGCCCCCAGCGGCGCCGCGGCUUCCAACGGGAGCAUCCGCAACAAGCCGAGCUCCGAGACCAUACGUCCAAAGAAGGACAAGAAGAAGCCGAGUCGGAAACAGCCCUCGGUUCCUUCAGGCACUGGUGAGCCCUCAAGUCUACAGUUACAGUUUCAACCCAAGUUGCGGCAUCACCAAUCUCUCAGAUCGGUCUCCUCCCGGACCGAUGCCUGUCUCUCGCCGACAAAGCCGUGUGGGCAAGGCCUGCACGCUGAUGAGCCCCUCAGUCCCCAGCGCCACUCGGCGCCGGGAGCCCGCAACCAGAGCCUAAGUCUACAGCCCAAGACCAGCCUACUGACACUCAGAUCGCGCACAGCGUCGUCGAAAGCAGACAUCUUCGAGGCCAAAGUCGCGAGCGCCGUCGACGAGGCCAACACGUCCGACUCGGAGGAGACGUUUGUCUAUGAUUCUAACCCCCCAGAUGGCCGCGACCGGCCCCAACGAUUCCACUCGCGCACGCCCAGCACGACGUCGAUGGCCAGUCAGGUGGACAGGAACGGCAUGCGGUCGAUACACAGCGUGAUGGAGGGCUCGGUGACAAGCGCACCCGCCGUCAAGAAAAAUAUGAAGUUUGUUAACACGAACACGCUGAAUACGAGCGGCAACGACAGCGCUAUGGGCGACGAGGAGGGCAAGGGUACGGGGAGGAGCACGGCAGGAUCGAACCGGGGCACCGCCCGCCACCACCACCACAUCGGCCGCUGGGGCCGUAACGGGCACACAUCAUUAUUCGACAACGAGUCGCCCUUCCCCGGCGUCAACUCGGCGAGGUCAAAGAUGGGCAGCAUGAUCAACUCGCGCCAGUCGUCCGGGCCGCCGAGCCCGCGGUUCAACUCGGGGAGGAAUGCGACCGGCAAGCGCCACAACAUGUCAUUAGGCUACGACCUCGGCGACACUACCGGUGCCGACGACGAGACGACACCUUUGAUCCCGUCGUCGAUGAGGUCGGCGCGGUCGACGAGGAGCCGGCGCCACCCGAUGACGCUGCGCGCGCUGGAGCACCAGGCCUACCGGCGGCACCAGCCGUCCUUCCUGAACCGGUUCGCGAGCUGCCUCGUCCUGACGGUCAUGCUGCUGCUCGUCGUCUCGGGCGCCAUCGGCUUUAUGUUUGCGACGUCGCAGCCGCUGACCGACAUCGAGCUGGUCAAGAUUAGCAACGUUAUCGCCAGCGAGCAGGAGCUCAUGUUCGACAUGAUGGUCAAGGCGCACAACCCCAAUGUCGUCGUGGUCAACGUCGACGCCGCCGACCUCGAGGUCUUUGCCAAGUCGCCCCACGCCGGCACCGACUCGGAGUGGUGGCGCCGGCCGCAGCACGGCGGUGACGACCGCGGGCACUACAACAACGGCGGCGAGGAGGAGGAGGUCCACAUCAGCAGCGCUGCCGUUGAGCCGCCGUCGGACGACGAGGAGGACAAGGCGCCCAACAUGCGGCUCGGGACCAUCACGGCGUUCGACAGCCCGCUCUCGUUUGAGGGGUCCUUCUUCCACCAGGGCAUCUCGGCGUCGACGGGCGGGGUGCGGCUGCGGCGCCCCGGCAACCAGACGGACGGCGGGUCGGAGCGCUGGGAGCGCAUCAUGAAGGACGAGUUCGACCUCAUCGUCAAGGGCGUGCUCAAGUACUCGCUCCCGCUGAGCCAGCGGGUGCGCAGCGUGCCGAUCGACGGGCGGACCAAGGUCAAGCCCAACGCGGCUAGUAAUCCCAAGCUGCCUGAGAACGGGACUGUUGUGCCGGAUUUAUCCUGA